UAGAAGAAGAAAAACAGCUAGGCUCCGCCUAUUUGUUUGCUAGCUUUUGGUGUGCAGGGAAACGAAUUGGCUGCUUAGCGUCGUUAGCAUAACGUUGGCGUUUAUUUAUUUGGUUUUUUGUGGCUCCCGCAGCUUCCGACAUGGCGUACCAGCUGUACAGGAACACCACCCUGGGAAACAGCCUACAGGAGAGCCUGGAUGAGCUCAUUCAGACCCAGCAGAUCACCCCUCAGCUGGCCCUGCAAGUCCUGCUCCAGUUCGACAAAGCCAUCAACACCGCGCUGGCCAACAGAGUCCGUAACAGAGUCAACUUCAAGGGAUCUUUGAACACGUAUCGCUUCUGCGACAACGUCUGGACGUUCGUGCUGAAUGAUGUGAAGUUCAGAGAGGUCACCGAUCUCGUUGAGGUGGACAAGGUCAAGAUCGUGGCGUGCGACGGCAAGAAUUCGGGCUCAAACGCAGCCGAGUGACCACGCCCACCGCCAGGAAAUGUACAUAUGAGGAUAACUUAUUCAUGCUCCGCUGCAGUGAGUGUGUGCGUGCGUGCGUGUGAGUGCACGUGUGCGUGCGUGUGAGUGCACGUGUGCGUGCGUGUGAGUGCACGUCGGCUUGCAGCAGUUUAUUUUAUUUGUUUUUUUACGUUUCUGUUCAUUUUGCUAAAACUGAAAUAAAAAUAGACAAAAUGAAGGUCAGACUUCCUGGAUGACAUCAUACACAAA